AUGGUCGAUAGUCAGGGGCUCUCAACCAGGGCUGAGAGGGGCACCAAGGCCACGUGGCAAUGUCCAAAUGUAGAAGCAUCUUUGGUGGCCACAGCUUCGGAGAGGGGCGUUGUCAAUGGCAUCAGGAAGCCUGAGUGUUUUGUGAAGGCUCCUGACCAGAUUGAAGGAAAGCGGAAAACACGAAUGAUUGAAACAGUCUCCAAAUAUACCUAUAUACCACCAACUGGAGAAAGCGGCUAUCCUUUCCUUAAGAUGAUAGGAGCAGACCACAUCACGACUCUUCUUCUGACCAUGGUGCAACUUCUUACUGGGGUCGUGGCAAAUGGCAUCAUCAUGACUGUGAAUGCCGUUGGCCUGAUCAAGCAGAGAAAAACGGCCGCCCUGGAUUUGCUUCUUUUGUGCUUGGCCUCGUCUAGGCUUUUCCUGCAGUUGUACCUGGUCUUUGCCCUUAUGAUGGUUUUCUCCGUGAAGCAAGUCUCCAUAAUUCCGGUGACUGUGGUAAUUCUUUUAUUUACAAAUGAAGUGGGGCUUUGGUUUGCCACGUGGCUUGGUGUGUUCUACUGCGUGAAGAUUGCAACCAUCCCACACCCGUUCUUCUUGUGGCUAAAGAUGAGGAUUUCCAGGCUGGUGCCAUGGUUGAUCGUGGGGUCCCUGUUGCACUCCGCAAUCCUUUCUGCCAUCCAAGGUAAAUAUGCAUGGGCUGUCACCAAAAGGAUUCUGGGGAAUUUUUUCUUCAAAAAUACAACACAACCCAGUGAAAUAGUCAUGCCUAUUCUGCAAAGCUUCUUAUUUAUUACCAAUCUUACGUUGCCGUUUCUCAUCUUCCUUACUGCUGUGGGGCUCUUGAUUUUCUUCCUGGUGAAACACACUGAGCGGAUGAGAACGAUGGGGGAAAGUGCCAGCAGCCCUGGCCAGAGCGCGCACACGAGUGCAGUGCUGUCCGUCCUCUCCUUCCUGGUCCUCUACGUCUCCCACUACUUGGUGGCCAUUUUCUUCUGUACUCAAAACUACCGGUUCGGAAGCUUAUUCUUUUUCCUAUGUGUCUUGGUGGGUGGCACCUACCCCUCAGUACACUCUAUUAUCUUAAUCUUUGUGAAUCCUAAACUGAAGCAAAAUGUGAAAACGCUCCUCCUCAGCCUCCGUAAGUGCUGUCCAUGAACAGGAAUUUGCACCCGUUCAAAGAACUCAGGAUUCCGUGACUUGCCAGAGAUUGCUGCUACUCCACACUCAGCCAACCAA